UCUCCAACAACAUGUCACAGGAUGACUACCUUGUGUUGCACCAGCUCAGGCAGCGACCUUCUGACGUGUUCCUGCAGUCUGUAGAGAGCCACUGACGGCUCGUUAGCCAGCACGUACAUGCUCUCCGUGAAUUUGUCAGACACUGUGUGAUCAAAGACGUGCAGACAAUACACGACCCAUAUCACAAAAAGAACACAAUCAACGCCCAGCAUCAUGGGACAUGGACAAACAACGAUGUAAACACAAUGCUGGCGUUGUAGCUUUAGCUUAGCGGCUAACUUGAGCUAACUAACUAGCUACUAGCUUAAUUGCAGCGCUGCAAGCUAACAAUGAGGUAAGUAUCAUUCCGAUUCAUUUGUUUACCUCGUCUCACUUUCAGUUGCAUCUCCUGGUCCUCCAUAGUGCAGGUAGGUAAUGCCAGUCAGAAAUAAUAACAACACAAUGCAGCUGUACGCGACUUGUGUCAGCUGAUUCUGGCUUCUUCCGUGUUGUUGUUGUCAUGUGUCACACGAUAAUAUUCCGGGCGGAAAUAUCGAUUAGGAGAAAUCAGUUCUUCCUCGAAAAUAGUGCCGAACGCUGUGAUACGUGACACGGGUUGAAUCAAAGCGUGUUUCUUCUAAUAAAAUAAUGUAUUAAUUAAAUAGCUAAUUAACUGAGCGAUACGUAACGUUAAUGUACCUUCGGUACACUUCCAUGGCCAUCAACACACCCGUCGUGCAACUCGAAACAAUUUACUUUCAGUUUUCUCGAAAGGAAGUUGGCGCAAAUUAGACUGUGCGGCUCUAUGUGUGAUCAUGGAGGCCAGAGGUGAUGAAGAGGUUGCAGAUGGCCAACAUGUUCAGUCAUCUAACGCUAAUGUUUGUCCAUCUGACUCCAGAGAUGAGGGGUCCAAUGUGUCUCCAGAAAACAUGGAUGUGGAUGAAGAGGGUUUGUUCAUCCACCCAACCACUCUGACCAACAAGCAGCGUGGGAACGAGGUUACAGUGCGCCCAGCAACAUUAGACGCUCUGUCCAUCCACCAGUUGGCAGCUCAAGGCGAGGUUUCACAAGUGGCUGCACACCUGACUAAAGACGGUUCGCUGCUGAGCAAACAGGACGAGCGUGGCUUCACGCCUCUCAUGUGGGCCGCAGCGUUCGGAGAGAAAGCGGUGGUGGAUUUCCUCUUGGAAAAGGGCGCAGAUCCCAAAACCAUUGCGAGGGAGCGAGAGAGCGCCCUGACACUGGCCAGCUCUGGAGGCUAUGUGGACAUUGUUGAGUCUCUUCUCAGACAUGGAGUGGACAUUGACACCUUUGACUGGAACGGUGGAACUCCUCUUCUUUAUGCCGUGCGAGGGAACCACAUCAAAUGUGUAGAGGCACUUUUAGCCAAAGGGGCAGACAUGACGAUUGAGUCCGACUCUGGAUACAGCCCGAUGGCCUUGGCUGUAGCCCUUGGACACAAAAAGAUUCAGAAAGUGCUGGAGGACCAUAUCCUGAAGCUCUACAAGCCACCAACGUGACACUAGUUCAAAACUGGAAAGGGCAGCCGGACGCAGUUGAUCUCAGACAACCAGCGGUGGUGAGAUGACCAAGACCCCAGUCCCAAUAACAAGGCACUGUAAUAGAUCGGUGCAUAUGCAGAGACAUUUACACGGGGGAAUCUACAUUUAUUUUCUAGUUUAUUCCAUUUGUAUGCUUUCUAUUGUAUGUAUUAUAAUGUACAAAAACAUACUAAGGACUAAAAUGCAGUUUGUUUGGCUGAAAGGCAACAAAAAAGGAAUGUGAACAAGUUUUUAAUAAAAAUGUAUAUCUGAGAGCGACAGAUCCCUGAGAGCGUCCAUACCAAAAAAGGCCACAUUCACAUCAGUUGAUGGAGGUGGCGGCACAGAUGACAUGUUUCCCUUAAGUGCCACCACACCGUCGUGCAUCCUGUACUUUACUCAGGAGUCAUUUCCUCUCUCACGAGCAGAAUGAAAAAAAAAACAAAAAAUGGUCACGAGGCUCUUUCUCCCAGGACGUCCAAGGAAUAAACAAUUAUCCUCCCAAAAAAGUCGGCACUAUUCUCAAACUUUAUUUUUACUUUGUCCACUGCAGAGGCCUCCUGUAUGGGAAAGCUGUGGGUGUGGAGUUAAGAACAAGAUAAGCAUGGCGAUAAUGAAAAAGCAUGUCCAGGACAAAUAUUGUUCGAUACUUAUUAUGAACCAUCUACAGCUUUAAACAGGAAACGCACUGCUAUUUGUAGAGUGACAGGUACAGCUAAGAGCUGCUGUAACAACCCUGCUGAUGACAGGCUGCAUUUAAAUGUAUAAAAGCAGAAUUGCAUUUUCUGUUAUGCCAACUAUCUGGUUAAACUGGUCUGAUAUAGUGGUUUUCUUCAGUCUAAAGAUUAUUUUUGUAACACAUGAUCAGUGGUUGUGAAUUAUGAUCAAUGCAGUUGAUUGAAUAGUUUAAAAAGGACCAGUGUGUAAAACUACGGUGGCCUGCAAGGAACGUACAAAACACGAAAAGGCACUCUCGAGAGCCAGAAAUCACACGAUGAUUCUUAGUUUCAGGUGAUUAAACACAGUUAUGAAUAUUAUAUUAUAUUUCUGCUAAUAAAUCA